AUGCUUUAUUUCACAGAUGGGAGUAUCAGUUUGUCAUUUUUGCAUAGGCAUCCUUUCAGAAAAGACAUGCAGGACGAUGUCGCCUGGCGCUCCGAGGCCACUAUUCAGUUCACUGUCCAGCACUUUAGCCGAUUGGUGGGACGGGCUCUGAGCCCUCCGUGCUUUGUGCAGAAUCUGCCCUGGAAGAUCCUGGUGGUGCCACACUUUCACCCUGACAGACCUCAGCAGAAGCGCAUUGGGUUCUUUCUGCAGUGCAAUGCCGAGUCAAAGUCCAGAUCGUGGUCCUGUCAUGCUCGAGCUGUACUGAAGAUCGUGAAUUCCAGAGAUGAAGAGAGGUCCUUCAGCCGCUGCAUUAGUCAUUUAUUCUUCCAUAAAGAAAAUGAUUGGGGAUUCUCCAAUUUUAUGCCCUGGAGUGAUUUGACUGAUCCUGAGAAAGGAUUUAUAGAGGAUGACAAAGUUACUUUUCAAAUCUUUGUACAGGCGGAAUCUCCUGAUGGACUUCUGUGGGACUCAAGGAUGCACACAGGCUAUGUAGGACUAAAGAACCAGGGGGCGACCUGUUACAUGAAUAGCCUGCUGCAGACUUUGUUUUUCACAAAUCAGCUGCGAAAGGCGGUGUACAUGAUGCCCACAGAGGGGGAUGACUCAUCCAGAAGUGUCCCUUUUGCACUACAGAGAGUGUUCUAUGAGCUGCAGCACAGUGAGAGGCCUGUUGGAACAAAACGGCUGACCAAGUCAUUUGGGUGGGAAACUUUAGACAGCUUCAUGCAGCAUGAUGUUCAGGAGCUAUGUCGUGUGUUGCUUGAUGAUGUAGAAAAGUUGAUGAGGGGCACAUGUGUAGAAGGCACCAUCCCUAAAUUAUUCAGAGGAAAAACGGUGUCCUACAUCCAGUGUAAAGAUGUUGACUAUCGAUCUGAGAGAAGAGAAGAUUACUAUGAUAUUCAACUAAGUAUCAAAGGAAAGAAUAACAUCUUUGAAUCAUUUGUGGAUUAUGUGACAGUAGAACAACUAGUCGGGGACAAUAAGUACGAUGCUGGGGAGUAUGGCUUUCAGGAAGCAGAGAAAGGUGUGAAGUUCUUAACUUUGCCACCUGUAUUACAUCUCCAGCUGAUGAGAUUCACCUAUGAUGCCCAAACAGGCCAGAAUGUCAAGAUCAAUGACAGGUUUGAGUUUCCUGACCAGUUGCCACUUGAUGAAUUUUUGCAAGAUCCUGAUCCCAUGGACCCUGCCAAUUACAUCCUUCACGCUGUCCUGGCUCACAGUGGAAACAACGAAGGAGGACAUUAUGUGGUUUAUCUAAACCCUGAAGGGGAUGGCAGGUGGUGUAAAUUUGAUGAUGACGUGGUGUCCAGGUGCACAAAAGAAGAGGCCAUCGAGCAGAAUUAUGGAGGGCCUGAGGACAGCCUGUUUCUGCAUCACUCCACAAAUGCCUACAUGCUGGUCUAUAUCAGAGAAUCCCAACUGAGUGAGGUUCUACAGGCUGUCACAGAGGAGGACAUCCCUCAGCAGCUGGUGGAACGGUUGCAGGAAGAGAAGAGGCUGGAGGAGCGGGAACAGCUGGAAGCCCAUCUCUACAUGCAAGUGCAGAUAGUCACUGAGGACCAGUUUUGUGGCCACCAAGGAAAUGAUAUGUAUGAUGAAGAGAAAGUGAAGUACUCUGUGUUCAAAGUGUUGAAAAACUCCACACUUGUUCAGUUUGUUCAGACUCUGUCCCAAACCAUGGGAUUUCCACAAGAUCAGAUUCGCUUAUGGCCCAUGCAGGCCAGGAGUAAUGGAACAAGACGGCCAAUAAUACUAGAUAAUGAAGUUGAUGGUAGUAAGACAAUGGUUGAACUCAGCAAUAAUGAAAACCCUUGGACAAUAUUCCUGGAAGCAGUUGAUGCUGAGCUGGCUGCUAGUGGGACAACAGUACCCAAGUUUGACAGAGAUGAUGAUGUGAUGCUAUUUUUGAAGAUGUAUGACCCAAAAACCCAGAGCUUGAAUUACUGUGGUCACAUCUAUGCACCGAUAUCCUGUAAAAUCCGUGAGUUGCUUCCAAUUAUGUGUGACAGAGCAGGAUUCCUGCAAGAUACUAAGCUCAUCCUCUAUGAGGAAAUUAAACCAAACUUGACAGAGAGAAUUCAAGACUAUGAUGUAUCACUUGACAAAGCCCUUGAUGAAUUGAUGGAUGGUGAUAUUCUGGUGUUUCAGAAGGAUGACCCUGACAACGAUCACAAUGGCUUACCCACCGCCAAGGAGUAUUUCCAAGACCUCUACCACUGCAUGGAUGUCACUUUCUGUGAUAAAACCAUCUCAAAUGACCCUGGAUUUGUCAUCACUUUAUCUGAUCGGAUGAAUUAUGUUCAGGUGGCCCAGGCUGUUGCUGAGAGACUUGACACAGACCCCAUGCAGCUCCAGUUCUUCAAGUCCCAAGGUUGUAGAGAUGGCCCAGGUAAUCCUCUUAGACAUGAUUUUGAAGGCACUUUACGAGAUCUGCAGCUCUUCAAGCCUAAACAACCUAAGAAACUUUACUAUCAGCAGCUGAAAACAAAAAUCACAGACCUUGAAAACAGCCAAUUCCAGGAUGAGGCUGAGAUGGAGACAUCAGUGGAAAUUGUGCCAGCACAAGAGAUUGCGAAGGGCUCCAUUGACACUGUAGAGAAACGCAAACUGAUCCAGCAGCAUCUAGUCCUCCUGCUCCACGCCCACAGAUGCCAGCAACGGGAGCAAGCCAACAGUGAGGUCCAGGCCUGCUCGCUCCCGCACUGUCAGACCAUGAGAAACGUUCUCAACCACAUGACCCAGUGUCAGGCUGGGAAAGCUUGUCAAGGCACUUGA